AUGCCUCACAGAGAGCCUAAUACAUUGGAGCCACAAACGCAGGACUCUGCAGAGCGUGUAGCUCGCAUACAGAUCAAAAACCGCAGGAAAUUGUACCUUGAUCGCCAUCCAUCAUAUUUCACUGCCCCGGACCUAGAGCUUGCAGAUCCGUUAUUGUAUGACCGAUGCAUCAGGAGAUUCCAGACUGCCGCGGAAAGAGAAGCUGAUGGACGAGCAAAAGGUUAUUCUGGUGUAUUGGAAGCAGAUCUAUAUCGAUCAGAAGCUAAGCUUGCUGCAUUGAAGGGCAACUCUGAUUCGCGCCCUAAGGAUGAAGAUGAAGAUGUUGGGCGCAUUCAAGAAGAUCACGGGGUUCCAUACUUGAGCUAUGCCAGAGGUCAAAGUGGUGAAGUUUUACCUGAAGAUCCGGAUGAAGUACCGAGGAGUAAGGAGGACGGCUUCGAAAGAUGGAAGUUUGAGAUGACACUCAAGUUUCUUAGGGGGGAAGAUGGAGAUUUUGAUUAUCACGAUGUAGAUGCUGGUGGGGAAUGGGACGAGAUUGAAAAUAGGGACGUUGAAGAGCGAUGGUUCGAGGAUGAAGAACCGGAAUGGUUAGGAGAAGAAGAAACUGGGGAAACAGUUGGUGGAGAAACUGGAAUACAGGAUUUUUAG